UCUGCCUGGCACAGAUGUGUGUUGAUGUGCUUCCAGUUGUUUGUGGGGACUGAUGGUGUCUGAAACGGCAGGAUCCUCCCUUUAGAAUGUGAGCUCACCACUACUUUAAUGACACCGGAUUCAUUCAUUAACAGCCCGUCAGACUGUCUCAGUGCCCCUUUUUAAAGCAACCUGAGUCCAUCAUUUAGCAGUGUUGGAACAGAAGCGCGUGAAGUUUCAGGAUGACGGCCCUUAAACUACCUUGUGCUGUGAUGUUGCUGGUUUGUGCUUUGAAAUUUAGUGCAACUCAAACGAGCUGCAAAGGACGCUGCGGUGCCGAGUACUACAGGGGAUACAUGUGCCAGUGUGACUACGGCUGCCUGCUUUAUGAAGAGUGCUGCACAGACUAUGAAAGUCAAUGCACCACCCAGAACUCAUGUAAGGGUCGGUGUGGAGAAACUUUCAAGAGGGGUCGGCUGUGUACCUGUGAUUCUGAUUGCAUUAAGUUCAAGCAGUGCUGUCCAGACUACAAGACCCAAUGUGAAUCUGAAGAAAUCAAUGGAAAGACCAGUGUGGCAACAAUGAAGAUUAAUUCGUGUCAUAAUUUAAAUGAUAGCAAAGCUGAAGAAUCAGCUCUGGAUGAAGACACACAGGAGCUUGCUAUGAACAAGGGAAACAAUGAAGAUGGCUUAUUUCCUUUGGAGAGCUCAACGCCACAGCCAACUAAUGCCCCAAGUGAUGGCUAUACAUUUGCUGACAUUGAAGCUGAGGUUCCAGUGGCAACUACAGUCCCAGAUUCUACCAGUGGAGACGGAUCAUCCCCAUCCGACUUACUGGACCAAGUUCCCACAGAUCCCACUGUGGAUGGAGAUGUUUCCCUCACACAGAUGACUGUUUCAGUCAGUGGCGAUCCCCUCACCUCCAGCCAAGCCCCUGGAGACCAAGAAGCAGAUGCCAUAGGUCUUACAACUCCCUUUGAGCAAAAUACAACAUUCCCUGAGCCUACAGUCUCAUAUGAGCUCUACACCGACAACCUUUCAGCAUCACCCACAACAUCAAUAAACACUUCACAAAGACCAGAAGUCACUCAAAUCACAACAGAUGAUCCGGAAGUGCUGGAAAAUAUCCAGGUCACCACCACAUCCCCUUCAGAUGUGAUGAUUCCAACAACGAUCCCAGUGGGAAUCACUCAGAGCCUCAACACUGAACAAAACUCAAAUGAUGUUGACACCAGCGCUCCAUCUUUGGCCCCAACACUUGAAGAUUCAUCCAGAUAUUCUCCAGAACUCAGUGUUGGAACAACCAUCAUUCCCUCCCCUACAAAUACUGUGCAAGAUGGCACCUCAGAUAAUGUUAUACCAGCAGUAAGUACUUCUGAUCCACUCAAAGAAGACCUAAAACUGACCAAACCCUCACCAUCCACCUCAAAACCUGAAGAGACACCUGAGCCUUCCAAACUAAAGCCCACCUCUAAACCAGAGACGAAACCUCUGGACACACAAACCCCAAAGACAGAUAUCCAAGCUGAUGACAGCAAUGAUAAAAACCUGUGCAGCGGGAGGCCGAUAAGUGGAGUCACCACACUCAGAAACGGGACAAUUGCAGUUUUCAGAGGUCAUUACUUCUGGUUUCUGGAUAGGAACAGGGUGCCAAGUCCACCUCAAAGCAUCACACAGGUCUGGGGUGUUCCUUCCCCCAUCGACACGGUGUUCACUCGCUGCAACUGUGAGGGCAAAACAUAUAUUUUUAAGGGAAGCAGGUAUUGGAGAUACGACAAUGAUGUUUUGGAACCUGGCUAUCCUAAAGUCAUUAAGACAGGCUUUGAUGGCCUGAGGGGUCACAUCACUGCUGCCCUGUCUGUGCCUCAGUAUCGAAGCAGAAGAGAAGCGGUCUUCUUCUUCAAGAGAGGAGGUUUUGUUCAGAAAUACUCAUACCAGGCUGGCACCUCCAGGACUUGUGGUAGAAAAGUUGGAAAUCCGAUUGUGACAGUUCGAUAUCGAAGUGCUCGCCAAGCAGCGACCAUCUUAGAACCAGCCAUAAACAUUCGUAAAUCCUGGAAAGGCUUCCCCUUCCAAAUCACAGCGGCUGUGUCUGUGCCCAGCACCCAGGAGCAGGAGGGCUACAAAUACUUUGUCUUCUCCAGAUCAUCAACAUAUAACGUGAGGAUCAGCGGAGAACGUCCCACAAUUGCAGCAAAAGAAAACGCGACGCCUCAAAGCAACAGUUUCUUCACUUGUCCGAAGAACCAACCUUGAAGAUCCUUUUCCUGACAAGAGUUUUCCUAAAGCAUUCAACUUUAAUAACAUUUUCUUAAAACACUGCUUUUGUAGGGACUUUUAAAACAAACAACAAACUUACAAGUAAAGAAAAAAUAUUAAAAGCACAGAGGCUGAAGACAAAGAUGAAAUGUGUUUGUGAUGGGAAUGCCGAGUCCUCCAGAGCGCUCUUCUAUUAGAACUUUAUCUUGCAAAUCGUCUCCCACUUACACCCCGGGAUGGAAACGCUUGACCUGUAAAGAAUUCAAAUAUGCAUUCAGAUGCAGUUACAUUCUCUUUAUUUUAUAUCUGUAAGAACUCAUGACUUAUUAUGAAAGUAUAUUCAUGUUUCCUGUAACACUUUUUAUCCAAUAAACAAAUUUAAAAGAACAUA